AUGUACUCUGCAUCAAAUCAGGAACAACAAUCUCGGUCCUCCGGAGCUGGAGACGAGCUCUUCGUUCCGCACUCGCCGGCCGCAGUUUCCCCUGGUACGGCCGCGAGUGCUAUAUUUGAUGGCGUCGAAACCAGUCUGAACGACCUUCAACAACACAUCGAUGAGUUGAAGCAGUAUUUCCGUAAGCUCAAACGUGAUAAGCGCCACCUCAGGGCGAUACUCGUCGCCAACCAUGACUCGGCAUGGCUCGAACAACAGAUUAGGAACGCUGAAGCCAGAGACGUCUCUCCUCAAUGGGAGCCAAAGUGGCAGCUAGGCACCAACCGUCGCAGUGCUCCUCAAAUCUCACAACCAUUCAGCCAGGGCAAGAAACGACCUUCUGAAAGUGAUGCAUCUACGCCUCCGACCAAGUCAAGACGCGUUAGAGAGCCUUCUCUUCCUUCCGGUCUCGGCAGCAGCAUCCUAUCGAGACAAACCUCCUCAUCCACAACAAGCCCAGGCAUCUCCCCAUCGAGCACGCACAAACAACAAAUCAUCCUGCCUCCGAUCAUACGCUCUUCACUCUCUCGUCCGCCUCCGCAGCUCAACAACACAGGCGCACCGGCGUUUCAUCCCAACGUCCAACCCUCGGCAAAUCGACAGGGUAUGUUUUCGAAUGCCGAGGCUGGACCAGGCUCGUUCACGAGAGAGGGUACAUCGAGAACUAUUCCCAUGAUGCCUGUUCCAUCAGAGUCGAAGGCGAGACCGAAGAUCAGGGCACCUAGAACCAGGGGACAGAGUUCGAGGAGAAAGUGA